AUGGCCAACCUCGAAAGAUCUGCUAAGCCUGUUUCCCAGUGGACCAAUAAAGAGCUCCUGGCUUUCAACAUUCGAAUAGAAGACGCUGGAGUUGAGGCCUUUUUCAAUAUCCCUCAGCUCCCCCCACCAACGGCUUCUACAUCAAUUUUGGAUAAUCUUGACGAGCCACCUGAACCUUUACUCGAUGUGGACCGUCUAUUCUUCGCUUAUAAAUGGUCAACAGGAUUGCCGGGUUCCAACAUUGAUUUCACUAUGUACCUCUUAAGAGUCUUAAACUAUGAAAGCGGACGUCGCCUGCUCGGUGUCCGGUCAAAGAAUCCCUUGCUCAUGGCUGGUCGGCGCAUCAUUGCAAAUAUUGAUUUGUUCCUGAUGAAAGUAGAUGAAGAUGAGUAUCUCUUGAUCGUUCACGAGGACAAGCACCCAAAGCAAGAUCCCGAAGCACAAGUCAUCGCAAAGGCAAUCGCCGCCUUCGAUCGCGAUAACAAUCGACGCGUGGAAUCAGGUUUACAACGCCUGCCGGACAAGGAAAUCUGUGCUAUCGUCAUGAAACGCACUGCACCCAUCUUUUAUCGCGUUCAUGUUACGACAGCACUUGUUGAUGCCCUUGCCGCGGCAACCUAUCCACAGGAAGAAACAGUGGUUCUGAGGUUUAUUCCACCUGUCCCGAACCAGGAACUGUACAAAACGGAAGGAAUGCAUCCGCUGGCCAAUCGGCGUUCUGUCUUCCAAUGCCUCGAAGCCCUCAAGGGAGUUCUAUGGACUAAUAACGAGCUCUUAGCUUUCAACAUUCGAGUAGAAGACGCUGGAGUUGACGCGUUUUUCAAUAUCCCUCAGCUCCCCCCGCCAGCGGCUUCUGCAACAAUUUUGGAUAAUCUUGACGAGCCACCUGGGCCUUUGCUCACAAACGACCAUCUAUUCUUUACUUAUAAACGCCAUGCAGAAGACCCGCUCUCCCUCGUUGAGUUUCCUAUGAUUCUUUUGAGAAACUUAGGCUAUGAAAACGGACAUCACGGCAUCAGCAAAACAACGACAACAUUGGAUCACUUUGUAGUCUUUAAUGUACGCUGGGACUAUUUGACAUUAUCCAAUGUUGGUACAAAGUUGUUGAAGGGAUUUAAGCCUUUUUUUUUUAAUGUUGUUGUAGUCCGUGGUUUGUGGAAAGAUAAAUAUUGUCAAGUUCUCUCUUUCACGCCUCCCCGAAAACAUACUUAUAAGGACAAAGUCGAACUCAAAACUAUUCCGAGUACCUUCCUUCCCGCCCCCUUCCACCUCCUCACUAUUAUGAUGCGCUUACUUAUUUAUGCUCGUGCAACCAUCCCCAGAGUCCACUGCGCGUCCCAGAGCGACCCGGAGCCGACUCGCUCACCACUUGGCAACACCACGUUCUGGCGUGACGGCGCAUAUAUGCGAAGGGACUCAGACGUGUUUGUCGGCCAGAGGUGCUCCCAGGACGUCAUCGUGAUCAAACGAGGAUGGCAUGCAAAAUUCGACGCGUAUGAUGGAAAGUCGAAUACCGAGUUGAGCUUACUCCGAAACUUCUACCGAUUCACCUUCCAUUUUCAUGGUUGGUCAUAG